AUGGGAUCAAGUUGUUGCUAAGCUUAAGGCGAUGACAAAAUCGAACUACAAUAGCAAUAAAAGAUUAGAUUAAAGAACAAAGCUUCAAUAUUAAACAAAAAUAGUAAUUUAAGUAGUACAGAUUAGAAUAAGGAAAAUGAGAGAAUACAAUCUUACUAAAAUAAUGAAUCUUUAAUGAUAGAUGAUACUGGAAAAGAGUAUAAUAGAAUAGCAGCGAGUAGUUUAGAAAUUUAGGAGCUAACUGGCGACAUGGAUAGAGUCGAUUCAAUACAAUUAACUGAAAAUGCUGUUAAAGAUAAACCUAUAAUGAGGGAUUCAUGUGAAGUAAUUUCGCUUGGAUCUAAAAAGACUAUCUUGAAGAAAGAAACAAAAUAUAGUUUGUUUCGCAACAAGGCUAAUUUUAAUCAGAAUUAAAAGAAGGUUAGAUUUGAUGAAGUGUGAAAUUAAUUAUAUUUUAAAUAGUUAUACUAACACGUAAAUGGUAUAGAUUGA